UCCGAGAGGAGGAAGCCGUGGGACAGGGGCGUCCGUGGCGGCAGGGGAGGAGGCCGGGCCCAUCGCCCGCGCCGAAGCACACCUGGAUUCCAUUUGGUGCCCCCCCCACCGGGAAAAGCCUCCUGUCCAGAAUGGCUGGGAAGGAGCGUGAUGGGAGAGCCAGAAGCAGGCAGAGGAAGACUGCCACCAAGUGAUCCCCGGGGAAGGAAGAGAGUUGGGGUUGGGGGGUGCCCACCCCGGCCUCUCUGCCCCUCCAGCGUCACUUCCGAAGGAGCCAUGGACCCCCAAUCCCUUGACGCUGCCGUGCAGAACACCUUGUCGGGGCUCUUCCCGCCCUUCGAGGUGACCGCUCCCACGGUGCUGAGCCAGCUCUUCCGAGUCCUGGAGGCUAAAUACCACGGGGAUGGCCUCUGCUGCCUGCUGGACUUCCUCAUCCCGCUGAAGCGCCUCCUGGAGCACGUCCGGCAAGCGGCCUGCGCUCCCUAUUCCGGCUCUGUGUUCCUGCACGAAGGCUGGCCCUUGUGUCUCCAUGAGAAGGUGGCUGUCCACCUCAGCCCUCUGAACCCCCUUCUGCUGCGCCCGGGGGACUUUUACCUCCAAGCUGAGCCUUGCGGGGAGCAGUCGGCCUGCCUCGUGGUGAAGUGUCUCUCCAGAGACCUGACCACUGCAGAGAAGAUCCCCAUCCCGGACGCCUCCUGCUCUUGGCUCUUCACCGAAGCGUGGCUGGAGGAGAUCAACCGGGACCUGGAGCGGCCAACCCUGCACACUUGCCUGGUGGCCACGGGCAACGGAAUUGUCCCCGUUCUCUGGAGCAAGAUCGCCACCCCAGAGUUCGUCCAGCUCCCCAAAGCAGAACAUCCAAUGGACAGAGACUCGAACCGCCCCCAGACUUACUGCAUGUUGAAUUCUCAGCCCCCGAGCAACCCCGUUGCCCGAGAGGGGCACGGUGGGGCAGACCAGGGCUCAAAGCCUCCACAAGGGAAGUAUCCUGGACUCAUCAAAGUGGAGCAAGGCUCUUGGAAGAAGUCCUCCCUCUUUGUGGUGCCGAGCCUGUGCGACAUCAUUAGCGAGAACCUGGAAGGCGAAUAUGUGAACCUGGUGGAAUAUUCAGAAGAAUCCAGAAAGGCCGAUGGGUCUUCCCCGGCGGUCGCGCCUCAUCAGCUCCAACGAGAAGCCUUCCCCGGGGCCGAAAAGGGGCUCCUCCGGGCAAAUGGAGAGGCCGGGGCCGCGGCGGAGGGCUGGAGCUGGGGGGAGGAGCGGGACUUGGAGGAGGGCCCCUGCACGCCCUGCCUGAGAAGGAAACUGAGCCGCGAGCCCAAGGUCCAGGAGCCGAGGUGCCGCUACCGGGACUCCUACAUGGCAGCUCUCCAGAAUCCUAUCAGCUUCAGCUCGGGGCUGAUGGCAGCCAUACUGGAAGAAAUGGACUUUGCCAAACCACCCUCCCCCUCAGAGAGUGCCGACGUCCAGCCGGCCGAAGGGUCGGGCCAGGGGGCCUCCCCGGGCCUCUCUGAACAUCCCAGCAAAGACAAGAAAGCUGAGGACAUCUCCAGGCAAGGACCCUUGAAACUCCUGAAGUCUCCGGCCGAGGCGCCUGCGGUCAGCAAUAAAUUCUCCUUCCUGAAAGGCCACCGUCCGUCGGCCUCUUCUGGGGAUGGCCCUGUGGGGCCCGAGAAAGCUGGCAAGGGACAUGAAGGGCCUCGGAAGAAGUCCUUGAUGGUGUCCUCUCCCAAAGCGGCCAGAGCAAGGCCAGCAGCUGUAAAAGGGUCCAGUCAGACCGAAGUAGUGCUCGGGGAAGUCCCGAGCCCCCCAAACCUGGACGCCGCCGCUGCAGCCGCCCCCAGCACAGCCGCCCUGCUGGGCGAGUUGCUCCUUCCGGGGUCGAGUCCUUCCGAGCCGGUCCAGUGGGAACUGCUCGCCUCUGAGCUUCUGUCUUCUGGCAUCGCGUGUCUGCCAGGCAGCGUGGAUAAGCUCGGGAGGCCCCUGGUCGAAAUUCCCCAAAGCGGGCGAGGCUGGCAGGACGCUUGGUGCUCAGCCAAAGAGGUGGCACGGCUUCUGCUCUGCCUUUGCUCCCUGGCCAGGAAGCGUUCCAACAACCAGGGGUUGGUGAUCCUCGUCGAUGCCAGGAAAGAGCCUCCCCCACCCACGCUUUCCACAGCCCUGGGAUCCCUCCAGAAAGCCUUUCCUGGCCCCAUCCACAUCCUCCUGCUGGUGGCAGAGAAGGAGGCGACCUCCCACACGGAGAAAUUCCCUGGCUUGCAGGUGGAGACAGUGAGCUCUCUGAAAGCUCUGGGGAGGCAUGUGGACAGCGGCCAGUUGACCCAGGCCUUUGAUGGUCAGUUCCCCUACAGCCAUGGGGAGUGGGUGCAGUUCUUUCAGAAAAUCCAUCAUUUUGUCAGCGGACUCAAAAAGGCCUCCGAGUUGUUACGGAGCACCAUCCAGGAGCUGGAGAAGGGAGAGGUUCUGGAGACCUUGCAGGCGGUGGAGCACCAGGUGAGCAGGCACCGGCAGCUCAUGCAAGAGGUUCUGUGCAAUGCCCAGCUGGUGAGCUUGCAGAGGGAAGGUGGGGCCACGCUGGCCAGGCUGCGGAAGGAGGCGGCUCGGCUCGGCUUCACUCCCGACGUCCGGCACAGUUUUGACAGUGCCCUGGCCAUCUACAAUCUGGUGGAGGAGGAGGUUCACACGCUGGUGACCAAAUCCAACAGUUGUUUGGAGCACCUUGAGUUUCUGAAGAAGAUCCGGGAGCUGGAGGAAGAAUUUCACCAAGUCCGUUUGUGGCUCGACGAAGAAGGCGAGCCGGAGCUGCGUGCAGUGGGGCUGGCGGGGGGCAGCCUGGAGAGCACCGAAAAGUCCUACCGGCGGUUUAAGGAGUUCUUCAGGGAAGCCACGGUGCACUACAACCGGGGCCUCUCUUUAUCCAAGGAAGCUGCCAAGAUCCAAGGGUUCAAGUUUCCUGAGAUGGGGGCCUUUGAGGCAGCAAAGGGAGCUUUCCAAGCUAAGCUAACCAUGUUCUACAUGGACAUGGAGAUGAAAGGGGCGGAGCUGGAGACUUUCCUAGACCUCUACAGAUUCUGUGACAAGGUCACUGAAUUUAACCUUGACUGCAAGCAACAUCUGUCCCUUUGGAAGGCCAGGGAGAAAGAACCCAACAUUGUGGAGGUCCAACAAGGCACAGAAGAUGCUCUCCGGCGAAUGUCCAAGGAUUUUUCAGCAGAGAAGUUCCAGCAGAUGAAGAUCCAAGCUUCCAGCAUGCACAGUGAAAAGGGCCACUUGAUCUGGACUGAAGCUCUGGAAAGAAGUGAAGAAGCCAAGCAAAUUCUAGAAAACAUGCUGAUCAGAUUCAAGGAGGCCAAGGGAAUAACUGCAAGAGACAGUGGGGAGGAGAGCAGCCCUUUAGCCCAUAACCCAUCUUCCCCAAUCCCAGCUGAUGCCCCUGAUGCUGGUGAAACAUUGGAGAAAACCAGGAAUCCACAGCCAUUAUCCAAAGAAACGGUGGACAGAAUUGUUUAUGCUGACCCUCCCUCCCAAAAGGAUUCCUCAUGCAUCAGUUCAGGCAUGGGUGUGACAGGUGACAAGAAAGCUUAUCUUGCUUCUCCAGGUGCCAUCUUGGAACCUGGAGGGCUUGACAGCCAGGAUCUGGGUGAAGAGGCCUUAGGAAGGCUUCAUGCAACCUCCCAGGAUUCUCCUCCAUUGUGUGGUUCUUCUGCUUCUUCUUCCAAGGCAAAGCCGAUGCCAAGAACCUGUGAGACUUUGCCUCCCACUUGCCAGCCUUGUGCUCCUGUGCUGGUGAGGGGCCAACGGCCUCAGAAGAGAGAAAGAGCCCAGUACUUCCAGCUCUCCAGACAUGGGAGCUUUUCUUCAGAAGAUGCUGAUUCUCAGAACUCAUCAGAAGAUGCCCUGGAUUCCAGUAGCACGUGGUCCAUGGAACUGCCGGGCCUCAAAGGAGGUGGGGCUCAGGAAAAGGGUCUGGGGAUCCUCUACUUGGAGAACCAUAGUCCAAGCAGUGGCUCCAGCCCUGCUGCUACCCAGUGAAACCAGGGGCUUGAGGUGCUGGGGGUCUGGAUUAUCUCCAGGUCUUCUUCUAGCAGACUGAUCUGGUGCUGAAAACAUUUCUGGUCUUUUGGUGCUCCAUUAUCCCCCAUGUAUUUUUCCAAAAAGCCCAUUCUGUUACUUCUCAUAUUACUGGUGCAAAACUCUUGAACUCGCAGCCUUUGAAAUAAAAGGCUGGCUUUGGGGAAGAAGAGUCCCUCUUCGCUUCAAGGCAUGAGCGGAAAAGGGAGAGAUUUGGCUCAUCCUAGUUGACAGGAGCCAACCUGAAGGAAACAGUUGGUGCCCUGCAAUAAGGGACGGGCACUGAGGAAUCGGAGAAAAGAGGGCAAGUCUUGGCAGGAUCAGCCUCCAAUAAACACCCACCCAAAGCCUGAGUUCCUGCUGGUGCAUCCCAGAGCAGAAGUUUGCAUGUCAAGAGCCUCCAGCAAAUCGGAAAACAGCCCAAGAGGUCUCCUGGCCCCUCCUGUUCUUGAGGAGUUCCACCUGCCCACCCAUCCUCUGUUCUCCUGUGACACUGUAGACACGGCUGCUCCCAGUUCAAGUCAACAAACCACACGGCUUUACCCCUUGGCACUUUGCCCCUUCUCAACUUCCUUGCCGGGAAAAUCAACUGAAUCAUAUUAAGAGCCAGUGGUCACAAUCCAACCAAGACUUGUUGCAGAUCAACCGUCCCUUUUAAAGCAAUAGGAUUUACACUGAUCCAUCGGUUACAGUGAGACUUGGUCACAAUUCAUUCUUGCUUGACUUGGGGCCAAGGUUUCUUAAUACUUAAACAAGUUGCAUUUCCCAGGGUGGCUUAAAAUAUAAUCUUGAUGGCACAUAUGAAAACAGUGCUAGAAUCUGGGGAGAAAAAGCACAACUCUGAAACUCGCCAGGUGACUUAAGGUAACUCUUUCAGACUCACCUACCUCACGGGGUGGAGCAUAGAAAAAGUGGAGAAUCUUACAUAUCUCAGUAACUUUGCACUCCGUGGAGAAAUGCAGAAUGAAAUGCAAUGGGGAGGGGGGGAAUCACUGCAAAAAAAAGAACAAGUGUUUAUAAUCUCAUACUUUUUUAUAUUUUUUGCAAAAAAAAAAAGCUCUACUUGGUUCA